AAUGAAAAUCAAUAAUAGACGAAAUGAGAUAAGUUGUCAUGUUUUCGUGUCAAAUGUUUAUUUUCAAGAAGAUUUUAAGCAGAUUUUUCUAAAUAAUUAAAUUGUUCUGUAAAAAUCAAACGAAAAUAGUAACAUUUCUUUUUUAUAAUAAAAAAUCCUGGAAAACACAAAAAAUAUGACUGAAGACAGUGGAAUAGAUAGUGAUCCAAAAAAUAAUGUUAAUUUAGAAGACGAAAUUUUAUUUGCGGCAAGUGAUAGCAGCAGCAGCAGUAGCAGUAAUAAUUCAAUAAUUAAUCGACGAACAGCAACGACAAAACAUUUACAAAGAAAACUUGAAGCACGCAUAGAGCAAGCGAAAAGAAUUCAAAAAAGUUCAGAAUAUAUGAAACUUUCCAAUAAUGAUGAUUGCAAUGUGAGUCCUGGAAUUGGAAUAAUUCCCAUUCAAAGGUUACCAAUUCCCCAGAAGAAGAAGAAAAAUCUUCCCCUCGUUGAAUUAUGCAACAGCGACAGUGGGAGCGAAGAAGAAAUGGCACUUAUUCCCAUGUCGAGGACAAAAAUUGGAAAUAAAAUCCUUAAGGAUCUCACUGAUCCAUUCAGUAUUGAAGUUUUAAGCGAAGGCAGCGAGGAUUCUUUAAAUCUGGAAUCAAUUGAAACAAGUCAGUCUGAUACAAGAACUUAUACACCAUCCCGUUGUUUUUCUUGUCAAUGUCAUAUUUUAUAGUAUUUUUCAAUUUACAAACAACAGUAUAACAAUCGAUGAAAAAUAUUUAUAAUAUAGGUAAUAAUUAUUCUUUCGACAUUAACGAAUUAGAAAUAAUUAUUCUCUAGAAUAUUUUUC